AUGUAUCCUCAUCAUUUGGUUAGUAUCCAAGAUUUACUGGUUCAAGAGUUAGAAUCUUUAGUUCAACAAGCUUCAAAUUUUAAAGCUCAGUACAAAUCUAACGAGAAUGCUCAGGAAAACCAUAAUAAGUUAUUAGGAAAAGUGGUUGCAUUAUUAUUUUCGAAGAGAUCGACCAGAACCAGAAUCAGUACUGAAGGAGCAGCAGCCUUUUUUGGAGCCCAUGCUAUGUUUUUAGGUAAGGACGAUAUCCAAUUAGGAGUCAACGAAUCAUUGUAUGAUACCACAAGAGUUAUCUCGUCAAUGACUUCAUGUAUUUUUGCCAGAGUUAAUAAACAUCAGGAAAUAUUAGAUUUGUGCAAAGAUUCUUCUGUGCCAAUAAUCAACUCAUUAUGUGAUAGAUAUCAUCCAUUACAAGCCAUAACUGAUAUUUUGUCAAUUAAGGAAUCGUUCAACGGUAAUAUAAAAGGGUUAAAAUUGGCUUGGAUAGGGGAUGCGAACAACGUUAUUAAUGACUUGAGUAUUGCAGCUUUAAAACUGGGUAUGCAUGUGAGCAUUGCAAUUCCAGAAUCAAUAAGUUUUGACUCUCUCGUAACCGAAAAAGCUAAUCAAAUAGCAAAAGAACAGAAUGUUAAUUUUGAAAUUGUCCAUGAACCAACACAAGCAUUGAAGGAUGCUAAUGUCAUAGUGACAGACACAUGGAUAUCUAUGGGGGAAGAGGCAGAAAAGCAAAUGAAAUUAAAGCAGUUCAAAGAUUUUCAAAUCACCAAGGAUUUAAUUUCAAGAGGAAACGUGAAUUCCAAUUGGAGAUUUAUGCACUGUUUACCAAGACAUCAAGAAGAGGUAGACGACGAGAUAUUCUAUAGUGAUAAUUCGAUCGUUUUUGAAGAAGCGGAGAAUAGAUUGUACACUGCAAUGGCAGUUAUCAAUGAAUUAGUUGUUAAAGAUAAUAAAGAAAUAUCGAAAUAA